UUGUUUUAGUUUCAAGUUUGAGAUGAAAUUUAACGAGUUGUAGUUAUUAUGUUCAAAACGUGGAUUAAAAUUUGGCCUGAGAUCGAAAUUGAGACUGCGGAACAGCGUCGCAGAUUCGUCUAUCGCACCUUCAUCACAUUCGGCUGCUUUCUGCUGUUGGCCCUUGUACAAUGGGUGCCCAUCGUAUGCUUUCCAAAAAUCCUAGACGUGGUGCGACGACAUGAGUCGACCUUUGUCGUGACCUUUCUAAUGGCAAUGCUCUUUCUCGCGGUCUUCUUGCUGAGCGAUCAAAUACGCUACAUGCCGUGUGUGAGUUGGGUGCUUGUCAUUCUCGUUGUGGAGUGUGAGAUCGUGGCUCUGUCGCUGCUGGAAGUGGAGUCGAGUAUUAUGUAUCUAGUGAUUGGUUUACUGGUCGCCAUGAUUGUCAUGGUCUUUGCCAUUGUGUUGGCCCUGCUCAUGCCGCGUGACCUCACCAAGAGUAUGAAUUUCAUGUUUACCGUCUCCUUUUUCACCCUGCUGCUGAGCAUCUAUGUGGUCGUCUUCUUGGGCAUCCUGCGGCUGAGCUGGCCUUUCUUCGUUUACGCUGCAAUCAUCGUGCUGAUGCUGUUGCCCUCCUUCACCUAUCACAUAUCACACAAUAUGACCAUAUCAUUCACACCCACCCACACACACACACAUUUGCACACCCUUGCUUCUUACCACUUGCCACUUGCCACUUUCAGGUCGUUGUGUAUCACACACAGAGUAUUCUGGGCGUUGGCGGUCUGCGUACGAGCCUGA